GUCUCAGCUUCCCCGACUGUGGAGUCUGAUAAAGGGUGGCUGAGGUGGUGGCGGAUGUCGCUUUUGCCCACCCGCCAAGGCGAUACCUCACUCUUUUCUCUCCUCACUCUCUCUUUGCCUACGUUCUUUACGCCAUGUCUACUCGUCACUCCUUUCUCUCCACUACAGGCCUCAUCCGAAGCUCGUCCUCCGCCUCGACUGCGAGUUUUUCGCCAUCCACCUCCAAAUCGACCAAGUCUACUCUGCCGUCAUUCGGGAAGCAAGGAAAACUUCGGAAUUUUAGGAACCUGAAGAGCCUGACACUGUCCACGAAGCCUGAGCCGGAGAAGCCCAAGCCCGAGAAACCAAAGGUUCGAGGGUCUGGCGGUGUCAUUCCUCUGGGCCCGACUUUCAUCGUUGGGAUCUCGAUUGUAAUAUCGCUGUUCUUUAUCGGCUCCCUCUCGUUUGCCUUCAUCGGCGCGGAGGAUGCACCAGUCUUUCGCGACACGCUUGACAGCCUGGCUGACCAGAAUCCUGGGCUUGUUUUAAUUGCUGAUAACGUCGACGUUGAUAUUGACGAGCCAUCAGUAACGUUGCGGUGGUCGGUCGUCGCGUGUGGCAGGAACUUGACAUUGCCCGGAUCGGAAGGAACGCAUGGGGACUCGUUGUGCGGGAUCCCUAAUAUCCCUAUAGAUAUUUACCUGGACGGUGCAGAGAAACCCGAAUUCAGCUUCAACCCGGCACAACUACCGUUUACUUCUAGCAAUGGCCAUCGACUUGGGAUCCAGAAUAUCGUUCAAUUUGACGGCGAUCAUGCCUUGGAUGUGCAUGAAGCUCGCCUUUAUCCCUUCGACACUUACCAGCUUGCAACGACUCUCCGUGCCGUAGCGCCCGACACCAGCGAGACCAUCCCUAUCGUGCGCCUUCUUACCAUAACCGACACCUCCAGCUUCAUCGUCUCCCCGAGCGACUCGGCGAGCUACGUUGUUCUGUCUGGCAGUACGGACCAGCUUCCAAGUCGUGACUUGGAACUGUCUAUCGUCCGUCCCGGCGAAGCCCGCUUCUUUGCGCUGAUGCUGUUCGGUGUGAACUGGAUGCUGGCACACUCUACAGUGGCUUACACCGCACUCGCGUGGAAGACAGAGGGGAUAGUGAACGUCCUUACGUAUCUCGCUCUCUCUUUGGCUACUCUUGUUGCCAUCCCCGGCGUACGGAGUGUCAUGCCAGACGCACCAGGAUAUGAUGGCGUUCUCAUCGACCAAAUCGGCUUCUUCGCCCAAAUGCUACUCACAGGCAUCUCUACGGUCGUCCUGCUCGCGACGCUCGCUAAGCGCGAACUACAGCGCCUCGAGCAAAAUGCGCCUGCGGAAGAGUUCGUCAAGGAGCGGCCUGCGCCAAUCUCCAAGGGCCUGCACAAGCUCCGCGGGUCUUCGACCUCCGUCGACUUCCGGCACUUCCACUCGCUAAGCCGGUCGUUCAUGGGCCACGCCCAACCGCCUACUCCGAUCUGGGAAGAAGCCGAGCCAAAUAUCAGCCCUAAUCCGUUCGAUGCGAGGGGAAAAGCUCCUGCGGCGGGGUUCCGUCCAGUGGGCCAGAGUGUCGGGGCGAGUGCCUCAUCAACACACCUCCCGAGCUCUAAAUCCUUGUAUUCAGAAUGGGUUUAAAUGACGUAGCAUGUUCUUGACCUUCCAUCAGGUCUUACCAAGAUCCUGAGAUCCUUCAGCAUGUUAUAGUUGUACAAUAUCCUCUAUUUCUACAAACUACUCAAUAUCAUUGUGAACAGCUGUUAUUCGG